AGUUGUAUGCUAGCUACGUGCUGGGUGUGUUCAACGUUUUGUACGCAGUAUAUAGUUUAAGUGAUUAUGAGUGGGAUGUUGGUCAAAAACAUUUGAUAUGAAGAGAAAAAUUAACACGCAAAAAGAGGGAUACACCUCUUCGACGAUAUACAUAUACAUUAUGCACUUCCUGCCAUGUAGGGAGGGGAAUUGUAUUUGAGGGGACAACAAAGAGGGAUAGGACUUAAGAUUGGAAGGGGAAGCCACUUGCAAGUAAACAUUUGUACGCGUUGAUCACACGUUAGUAGUUGCGAAGACCAUUGUACUAGACGUAUAUAAACAUCGAAUUUUUUUUUGGAGUUUGUUUGAUACAAAUUCGUGGUAAAAAAUUCCUCAUUCAACGCCCAUGUGCAGAUUUUUAAAACAAAAUCGGCCUAAGCGUAGAAAAAAACCUAACUCUAGUGCUCCAUAGCAUAUAAAUAUCACUUAUUUAAUUGAUUUAUUCAAUUAUUUACUAUUUUUUUAAUUAAAAUAAUAAAUAAUAAGCAACUGUACUGAUUUUGGAGGAAAAAAAGAGUACUGAAAUCUUUGGUAAAGUCAUUGGAGUUGGUACGAAGAUUCAAAAUUUUCUAUAACCAUGGAUCUUGUUUACAUGCCAGAGGUACUGACCUAUGGAUCAUUCAGAACACCAGCCUACCGAGAUUAUGAACAACCAUGGAAUAAAAAUUACUUUCAGUAUGGAAAAUCAUUUGCCAAUCAAACAACUCGACAACAGCAAGAGCAGAUCCAGCAUCACCAAUCACGUACCACUCACAAAGAAAAUUGCUAUUUAUGCAAAGAAAGUAAAAGAAGAGCUCUUGGAUCAUACAUAAGACGUCGUAGCAGAACCUCAUCAUGUAAUGAGAUAUAUGAAGAAGAAGAGGAAGAAGAAGAAGAGAAAGAAGAUGGAGAAGACGUCGCUACUACCACAGAUGUCAGCAAAAAUAAAGAUGAUCUAGAAAAAAAAGAAUAAUGAUGAGACAAGGCUGCAAAAAUCGAAGGAGUUGAAGAUUGAUAAAUUUUCAUUAUUUAAUUUAAAAAAGUCUAUAUGUAUGAUUGAGAAAAAUACCUCUAAGUGAAGAUUUUUAUGAAAGAAAUAUCAUUAAUUAAUGUUCACGUAUGUUUAUAUUGUGAAUAGUUUUGUUCGAGAUGAAACAAUAUUUUUAAAAAUGCAAAAGUGCAAAGAAUGACAUGUAUAAUUUCAGCCAAGUUUAAAUAGUCUUUGUACUCAUUUAUUUACAGGCAAUAUGACUGACAAAAUAUUAUGAUUUUGUGCUAACUUUCUUUUUUACUUUGAUACUUAUUCCAGAUUCAUCAAUGAUUAAUAGUUCACUUGAUUUAGAAAUUAAAAAAAUAAUUUCACGAUAUAUCUGACUAAAUAUUAAUCAAUAAUUAAUAUUGCUUGAAGGUAAAUUAUUUGGAAGAAUUGUUAUCAAGAUCAUAAUGCAUAAGUAAUAUUUUUGUAUC